ACUCCUGUCGGGACUUUAUAUUCUUGGAAUGAGCUGCAGCAGCUGUAUUGCUCCAAAGGAUACAAUAAGCCAUCAAGAGCAAAAAUACUGCCUUCUCUGUGUACCCUUCCUACUGCAAAUCACAGAAAUAUGAAGACUGUUUCUCUGCAAGUCGUGUUUGUGCUGAAGGUCUUGUGCCUAGGGACUGUGACUGAAGGGCAACCUAAAGCAUCUCUGAAGUGUUCAAAGGAGUGUGGCCGUUUUACACCCAGCAUACCUGAGAAAUGGAUAAAAAGCUAUCACAGGACUGAACCGCAAUGCACCAAACAGGGCAUCAUAUUUAUUACUCAGAAGUCCUUGGAGAUUUGUGCGGAUCCAGGAGAAGACUGGGUAAAGAAGGUCAUAUGGAAAUUGGACCAGAAAAGGGCCUUAGCAGCAUCCCCACUUCCACGUGCUGCCACUUCAGCAGCAGUGCCGGAAAAUCCUGGCAUUUUUCACAAACAUAGUGGUCUUACAGUAACAGCUCCAUCUCAAGCAACUGCUCCAACUAGUACUUUUCAAGGGGCUGGCAUGACAAUUUUGGAGGGUAUAAAUGCUCCUAUUGUCAGGACAGAGGUGUCCAGCAAGCCCAUACCAGCCAUGCAGUACAUCACACACUUCUCUACAGUAUUGUCCCCUGUGAUACAGGAAAUUGCUGCCCGCUCUGAAGUGAGUUCAGAAGCAAACAGAGAUUCCACAAAAGCUGCUGCACAUUCAACAACUUAUGCAGCAGGCACGGUCCCCAACCAGUCUAUCCCAUAUUCCAUGGCUCUUGUGCAUGGCUUUGAGAACUCUGUAGGAUCUAUAGAAGAAUCUGUAGGAUAUACUGCAAAUGCUACAGCUGAUGUUCCAGACAUGACUUCUCCUAACUUGAAUUCAGGCCCCAUGGCCAUUACUAAAGCAUCAGACCAUUCUGUAGGUUCCACAGAUGAAUCCCUACACCCUGCAAGUGCAAGAGCGAACACAUCAGACAUUGCUUCUAGGAGUUUUAAUUCAGAUCUUCCCUCCGUCCUAGGCAGUACUGAGAUUACCACAACCCCAACAACAACACCUUUUCCACCUGUUCCAUCAGAUGCUACUUCAGUUUCUACUUUAAACCCCACAACUGUCAUAGAUGAAAGUCAUUCUGUCCACAGCAACAAAGUUUUUGGUUCCUGGACAGAUGCUUUUGAUACUAGAACACCUGAACAUUCAUCACCUUUAGGAAAGCAAGACCUUCUAGAUACAUCAGCUUUUACCAGUCAAACAUUCUCAGGCCAAGCCAGAGCACAGUUGACUCCAAAUGAUCCACCUUUUCCUAGCUUCUUGUCAAGAUCCCAAAUGCACUUUAUCAUCCCAGUUUCUAUGGUAGGUGGUGUGAUUGCUUGCAGUGCUGCUGCUAUAUGGCUAUAUAAAAAAUUGGGAAUCAAAAAAGAAGCAAUGUCAAUGGUACAGGGCUUGCUCUACCAGCAGGAGGGAUGUCAAUCCAAUGUCUGUCCAAUGGAAAUAAUCUGAAUGCUUUAUGGCAUGGAUGUUUUUGGCAUAGGUUUUCCUUUGUGUUGCUGCAGGAAAGCUAAAUUUACACUUACAAAACAAGCCAGGGAAUACAAAUACCAAAGAAAAUGUGGGGUUUUUUUGCAGAGCAGAAUGUCCAAAAAUAUAUCUAAGUUGUCAUUAACCAAUGCCAGUAUUUUGACUGUGUUUCAUCAUGGCCCAGCUGAGAAACCACCCACUCACCCACACUACUGGACUCAGGCAAUCUUAAACCAAAACACACUUUUUUUUUCACUUACAAACUCUCGGCUGUUUUGUUCUUUGCACUUUGGAUCACUGCUCUGUCAGGCCAAGACUAAUGUUGACAGUCAGUGGGGUGCUGGCUCUCCUGGCCUGACUAAAUAUCCCAUUAACUCUUGCUGGAGCCCUGAGAGAUACUACCUAACUUUUCAGACAAAGGUGACUAAAACUGAAUCUAAUUUGCCUACAAAUAUAAGGAACUGAAGAUCAAUGCUAGAGGUUUCACUCUUACAGAUGCUGACAACCCACAGUCUAUCUCCUCCUCAAAAUCAGGCCACUAUUCUCUCAAACAGCUAGAGGCAGCUGCAUUUGUAGAUUUAGCCUGAGACCUGAUUCUUGGCAAAUCUGGCUAACUGCCAUAGAAGUCUUCUUCCAGCAGAGGUACCUUGUGUCCAGUUGUGUCCAACACCAGGGCAGGAUAAUGCCGACGCGCUGAAUAACACUAUGUGGGAGAGAAACUGUUGCAAAUCAGAAAAACGUGUGGAGAAAUCAUCAGAGGGACCCAAUAACUUUGCUAUUCCUGUGAUAAUGUUGGAGGGUUUUUUGCUGUUUAGCAAGCACAAAAGCCAGGAAAUACAUUUUUGGAGUAGCUAAAUGUAGUUCUGGAUUUAGGAAUUACUCCACCGCAGCAGACCUAUCUUCCUUCCAGUUCCAUAUUCUGUCUCUGGAAAUAAGCACUUUUGCUGAUCCAGAAGAAGGUAUAAAAAGCCUAUUCAUGGUUCUAUGCUUUGGUGUCAUUUUAGCUUUUUUAUAUAGCCUUGAUCACUAAGCUAUUAAGGCAUUGUAACAGUAACAGAGAGGUUUUUAAACCCAAGUUUUUUUCUAAUUUUUACACAUCUAGACACUGCUGUAUGUAAGCCUUAUCUUUUAUCUGUGGUCGGUUCCUGAAGGCUUCUAUUUAACAUUUAGUCCUGCUUACGACACUAUGAAUUUGCACGAGCAUUUAAAGAUCUUCAGAAUAUGAUGUAUUUAUGUGUAUCAGGGGUCUAAUCCUGCAGUGAUUAACCUCAGUGGAUCAUGUCCCAGAGUAUAAAUAUGCAUGUAGAACAAAAAACCCCCACAUAUAAUAAGCAAGAUGCUCAAAGCAAAGAUGAUGAAACAGCUGUAAAACACAGCUAGAGAAAGAUUGGCCCAUUAGAUCUGUCAGAUAUCACCUUCAGGGCAUCCAUCCAGUCCUCAGGGUGGAAACGAUUGACUGCAAUGGUAUUUGUUUUCUGAUAUUAUUCAACCUCUUAUCCCUGUAGUUCUUUGUUAACUUGGAAGAGGGAACUAGAGAUUUGUCUGGGGUUUCACAGGUAGAAGAGGUACAGAAAGCAAUCAGAUUAAUUAUAAUCAGGAAUCUUGGGUGAAAUUCACCCUUGUGUGGAAGCCUCCCCAUGCAGCCCCAGUCCUGCAGCACUAAAUGGGGUUGAUUUACACAAAGGACUGCAGUAGCUGUCAGUGCUGCCUCCCUAUCCACCCCACUCAUGCACGCAGAAGUCUCACCAGCUGGGGUUUGUGGCCUUGCAGUUUGUGGAACAGUAUACUAUAGCAUUAUUUUUAUAUAAAAUAUGAGAAAUGUUAUUUUUGUAGUGAAGUUUUGUAGUGAUGCAAAUGCAUGCAAUGUCAUGUUCUUGUGAACAGAGUGUCAUAGAGUCUAGAACUAGACUAUGCUACAUUGAAAAACACUGUGCCUUAUUGAUUUUUUUACUAGUCUUGGAUGGUUUGAGUAUGUCCACAAGAGCAGAGUUGCUCUCAAGGUUUUCCUUGGGACAUGGGUAGGCAGGACACAACUCUCUGCCUUAGGGAGCUGUCACUGUGUGCUGUUAUUCUUGCUCACUUUUCAAGCUGUGGGACACAGUGGGUACAGGUCACAGUCACAGUGGUACAGGUGAAACUAGUCUCUCCAGAUACUAUAGCAAAUGGAGUGGACAGUCAUUUUCCUGUGGUUUUCUUCUCUCCAAACCAGCUGUGAGCAAAGGCCUCAGCACAAAGCUAUGCUGGGGAGAUAAAGGUGUACUGCUGCAGCCCUGACCACUUUGAGUCCCACCAUGGCAUUUGAAAGGACGCUGCUGCCCAGGGGGAGCACAAAAGCCAUGUCCCCUCCUAAUGCUCAGGUCUCCCUACCCUGCUGCUGGCUGCAGCCAUGCUCGUCACAGCUCAGGACCUCCAGGAACACUUGGGAGGGCAGCCAGGGUUUCCCUGUGGGACCUCUCUAGCUUCUGCCUCAGAGAGGGGUUUGAGCAGCUGCUGGGGGCAUGAAAUGGCUUUUUCUUUUAAACUGGGGCAGUUUCUUCCCUAUCCAUCACAGCCAGGGCAGUGAGAGGACCACUGUUUCUCCUUGCUUUAUGCUGUGGGAUCGACAGUUGGAAAGGCACAAGAUGAAUGUAGCUGUUUACUGCUUGUGGGUGACAGGCUCAAAAACAUGGAGCCUGUAAAUAUUACAGGUUCACAGGAUUUAAGCUGUAAUUUGUUCUAGAGGGCAGUGAAUGUUAUAAACUCCAAUAUAUCUAUGUAUUUGGUGUGUAUGAGCGUGAUAUAUAUUUUCUGUAUCUCUUUUUGG